AUGUCCGCUCCGAGCAGAAACCUGCGGACCUCGCCAGCCGGGGCGAAGCUCUCCAAGACCUUGCGGAUAACCCGUUUCUCCAUACUCGACAAGGUACUACGAGUCCGUGCCUAUGUUUGUCGCUUCAUCCAGCGCGCGUGGAAGAUACGCUCUCCGUUCGAAGAGCACCUGACAGAUAAUGAGAUUACGUCGGCUGAACGUCUUCUAGUUUCCGUCACUCAGCGCAGACACUUCGUCUCUGAAAGGGGCUGCUUAAGCGAAAAGCGUCCAGUAUUAGCGUUCAGUCCGAUUCAAAAUCUGAACCCCUUCAUGGAUUCGCAAGGCCUUAUGAGAGCCUGCGGCCGGGUCACGUCCUCUGAACUUCUCCAAUAUGACGAACGGCAUCCGAUAAUCCUUCCAUACGACUGCCAUCUGUCUCGACUCCUUGUUCAAUUUACGCAUCGCAUCACGCUGCACGGUGGCAAUCAGCUGAUGAUCCGCCUGAUUCGGGCCAAAGUCUGGAUUCCAAGGGUGAGGAAUUUGGUCAAGUCCGUCGUCUAUGCUUGUAAAGUAUGUUUCAUCCACAAGAAGAAGUUGCAGACGCAACUCAUGGGAGAGCUACCAAAGGAACGGACGUCCUUCUCGCGCCCAUUCACGUACACAGGUGUGGAUUAUGCCGGUCCUUUCGAGAUAAAGAACUAUACCGGGCGAGACUGCCUCAUCACAAAGGGGUAUAUGUUGGUGUUUGUGUGCUUCUCCACUAAGGCCAUCCAUUUAGAGCCUACGUCGGACCUUACGACCGAGAAAUUUCUGGCUGCUUUCGCUCGAUUCGUGUCCCGGAGAGGAUGCCCCCGUCAAGUGCAGUCGGACAACGGGAAGACCUUUCGGGGGACAGCAGCCCUACUAUCUCGCGAUUUUCUCCAGAGCCUAAAAGGGGCUGUGAUAGGUGCCUACAGUCACCAGCAGCUUCUCUGGCAUUUCAUUCCUCCGGGAGCCCCCCACAUGGGGGGCCUGUGGGAGGCAGGCGUCAAGAGCUUCAAGACCUUGUUCUUCAAGUCCACCGCCACACGGAAAUACACCUUUGAGGUGCUGGCUACUCUCCUGGCGAGGAUCGAGGCGUGCCUAAACUCGCGGCCGCUCGCACCAAUGUCCGAAGACCCUGCUGAUCUGAUGGCUCUUACACCCGGGCACUUUCUGCACCUGAAGGCUCUUCAACAGCAAUUUCGGCUGCGAUGGAAGGAAGAGAACCUCAAGGAGCUCCAGAAGAGGAACAAGUGGCGUGCCCCUACGAGGAAUCUCUGCGUUGGGGAUAUGGUGGUCAUCAAGGAGGAAAACCUUCCGUCCAAUGAGUGGCGAUUAGGCAGGAUUGACGCGUUGUAUCCAGGAUCCGAUGACCAUGUCCGCGUGAUCGACAUCCGCACCGCGCGAGGGCUCGUCAAGCGGCCCGUCGCUAAGGUCGUCCUUCUUCCGAUGGACGCGUCCGCCUGCCCACAAUAA